UUUUUUAUAUUUUAAAGAAAAAUUUAUUGUAAAGGAUCCAUUGGAGUGUUAUAAGGUGUUCCUUCUGGUAUCUGGAGUCCCUAGCCUUGAGAUAUCUUUGAUAAGAACUUACGCCAGCGGCUAUAUGAUUCGGCUCUUUGAUUAUUGAUAUGCAUCUAAACUUUGCCAUGUGGCAAUUUCACAAUCGUCACCUGGUUAUGCAGCGACACGUACUAGAUGCCACUUUCUUAGUAUAAUAGUACGUGCCCACAUGUAAAUACCUGGUAAUCCGGCAUCCAUUGUGUUAGACACGUACAAACUACAACAUAUAAUAGAUUAAUAACCCCAACUUGUUAUAACGGUUGAAUUUUCUUCUUUCUUCUUUAAUCAAUAAUCGUACUAUCAAUAUGUAAGAGCCGAUCUUAUUCUAGCGAGCUUUCCAAGAAGCAGAAGGCCAAUGAGAAACGCCGAAGAUUUAUAUCGAGGAAUAAAAUAUUAGAGGGGACGGUGAGAUGCAGAGAAAUUAGGGACACGCGUCCAUUAACCAGUAAAGUUCUCCCCGACCUUAGAUCUUGACUUUGAAAUCUAUAAAUAGAUGGAAGGCAGUUCCUCCGCAUCCAUCAUUCCUUUGUUGUUUUUACUUUUCAGCAAAACAUAUAUUGUUCACUUUGGUCAGGAUGGAAGCAACCUCUCGAUGUUUCUCAGUAGUACUCCCUCCUCCACCGUUUUCCUCCGGCAAAACGAGAUUCUUGCAUGGGAAAAGAUCGAGGGCCAUGGUUUUUGCAGCUAGAAGAGACUCCCACGAGCCAGACUACAGAGGAUACUGCUCGGUCGAUGAAAGCAUGAUCAUUUUGAGGAAACGCAUUCACGAGAUGAAAGUGAUUGAGAGGAAUUACGAGCCUCCGGAGGAAUGGAUGGAAUGGGAGAAGCAGUAUUACGCAUGCUAUGACGAAUAUAUUUGUGAUUUGGUGGGGUUACUACAGUCAUAUUUGAUGAACACUAGGCCUAGUUUGGCUUUUGGGUUGCUUGCACUCGUCAUGUUGAGUGUCCCGGCUUCGACGGUCAUGAUUCUGCUUCGUUUGAUGGAGGUGGCUAAUGGGUUCUUCUCUGCCGUUCCUCACGUUUGAUUUGGUUAAUUCUUGCAGUAGUUAUCGACCCAUAUAUGCAAAUACUGAUCAUCAUCGAUCAUGGAUUUUUGUAUAUUGUAUAUUUCACUGCAUGUUCCCCCAUCUUUUUACUGGGAAUGGCAAGAUUCUUUGAAUGGAGCAAUAUUAUUUGAUCAUGUUCUUUGAUUUGUUAAAAAGUUCAUGCUUACUAAAUAAUUUCAGGCUCUUAAUUAUAUGUUCAAAGGAGGUUUUUUAAUGCUUGAAUGUGGGAGAUAUAGCUAGACUUAAU